CACUCUUAGCUUCUUCUCAGUUAUUUAUUUCUUCUCCAAUUCUCUGCUUCUUUUUCUCUCUCUGUGCGAUCUCAUCAAAACCCUAAUCUUGAUCGCAGAAAAGCUGAAAUUUCAUCUGAUUACUCUAGAAAAAUCAAAGUUUGACGAUCCGAUCAUCGUGAAAUUGCCUGAACCGAACCUUACUCAGUUCAAUUUCCUGUACACUUAAUAGUUGCCUCAGAAUUUUCGUUUCCCCAAUUCAGUCUCUGCUCUUCGAUCAAUUCUUGGAUUUUUGGGGAUUGAUCGGCUUUUAUUUCAAAGAGGUUUUGAUUCGUGCAAUGCUUUCAGUUUCAAUAUGAAGUUAAAGAGGAGGAGGGCGGUUGAAGUGCCUCCAAAAAUUAGAUCCUUCAUCAACAGUGUCACUGCUGUUCCACUUGAGAAUAUAGAGGGACCUCUGAAAGGUUUUGUCUGGGAGUUUGAUAAGGGGGAUUUCCAUCAUUGGGUUGAUCUUUUCAACCAUUUCGAUUCAUUUUUUGAGAAGCACAUAAAAUCCAGGAAGGAUUUGCAGGUCGAGGAUAAUUUUCUAGACUCUGAUCCUCCUUUUCCAAGAGAAGCUGUUCUUCAAGUUCUCCGUGUCAUAAGGAUAAUUUUGGAGAACUGCACAAAUAAGCACUUCUAUAGUUCUUACGAGCAGCAUCUUUCAUCUCUGCUUGCUUGCACUGAUGCGGAUGUGGUUGAGGCUUGCCUGCAGACUUUAGCUGCUUUUUUAAAGAAAACAGUUGGAAAGUAUUCCAUUAGAGAUGCUGCACUAAAUUCAAAGUUAUUCGCUCUUGCACAAGGUUGGGGGGGAAAAGAAGAGGGUCUUGGAUUAAUUGCUUGUGCAAUACAGAAUGGUUGUGGCCAUAUUGCUUAUGAGUUAGGUUGUACCCUUCAUUUUGAGUUCUAUGCAUCGAAUGAUUCAACAGAUGACAUCCCUGCCACCCAAGGUUUACAAAUCAUUCAUUUACCUAACAUCAACACUCAUCGAGAGGCAGAUCUUGAGCUUUUGAGUAAAUUAAUUGCCGAGUACAAUGUACCCUCUAGUUUAAGAUUUUCUUUAUUGACAAGAUUGCGGUUUGCAAGGGCUUUUGGUUCUUUAGCUACCCGCCAGCAAUAUGCAUGCAUUCGCUUGUAUGCCUUCAUAGUUCUUGUUCAAGCAAAUAGUGAUGCUGACGACCUUGUUUCUUUCUUCAACACUGAACCUGAGUUUGUCAAUGAAUUAGUGUCGUUAUUGAGCUUUGAAGAUGUGGUUCUUGAGAAAAUUCGAAUUCUAUGUCUUCUUUCAUUGGUUGCUCUAUGUCAAGAUCGGUCCCGACAGCCUACUGUUUUGACUGCUGUCACGUCGGGUGGGCAACGUGGAAUCCUAUCCAGUCUCAUGCAGAAGGCCAUUGAUUCUGUCAUCAGUGAUACAUCAAAGUGGUCUGUUGUUUUUGCUGAGGCUCUAUUAUCUCUUGUCACAGUUUUGGUUUCAUCAUCAUCAGGUUGUUCAGCCAUGCGUGAAGCUGGUUUUAUUCCCACCCUUCUGCCUUUGCUUAAAGAUACAAACCCACAGCACCUUCAUCUGGUCAGCACAUCUGUGCAUAUUUUAGAAGCUUUUAUGGAUUACAGUAAUCCAGCUGCUGCAUUGUUUCGAGAUUUGGGUGGUUUAGACGAUACCAUCUCUCGCCUUCAUGUGGAAGUGUCUCAUGUAGAAAAUGGCUCAAAGCAACAAGAUGAAGAUUCUGAGAUCAUUGGGAGGAGUGCUCAAGUAGUUGCAGGGACUUCCACAGAGCUAGACAACAUGCAGCCUUUGUAUUCAGAACCACUAGUUUCCUAUCACCGACGUUUGCUGAUGAAAGCUUUACUGCGUGCUAUAUCCCUUGGAACUUAUGCCCCAGGGAAUACUGCCCGUGUUUACGGCUCAGAGGAGAGUCUAUUGCCACAAUGCUUAUGCAUAAUAUUUAAAAGGGCAAAAGAUUUUGGUGGUGGGGUGUUUUCACUUGCAUCCACAGUCAUGAGUGAUUUAAUUCACAAAGAUCCUACCUGUUUUCCGGUCUUAGAUGCAGCAGGCCUUCCUUCUGCUUUCUUGGAUGCUAUAAUGGACGGUGUUCUUUGCUCUGCUGAAGCCAUUACAUGCAUACCACAGUGUCUAGAUGCCCUUUGCAUAAAUACUAAUAAUGGGCUUGAGGCUGUGAAAGAGCGAAAUGCUAUGAGGUGCUUUGUGAAGAUAUUUACUUCAAGAACCUAUCUGCGUGCCCUUACCAGUGAUACACCCGGCUCCUUAUCUAGUGGAUUGGAUGAAUUAAUGCGCCAUGCUUCCUCAUUGCGUGGGCCUGGAGUGGAUAUGCUGAUUGAGAUCUUAAAUGCAAUUUCAAAAAUUGGACAUGGGGUUGAUGCUUCGUACAUGUCAACUGAUCCUCUGUGCUCUUCUACUCCUGUUCCAAUGGAAACUGAUGGAGAAGAGAGGAACUUGGUCCUGUCUGAUGGAGGGGAAUCAUCCAAAAUGGAUAGUUCAGAGCAGACUGCCGAACCAUCCUCUGAUUCUUUAACGGGGAAUGUUGAAUUAUUCCUUCCUGAUUGUGUCAGCAAUGCUGCACGUCUUCUUGAAACAAUACUUCAGAAUGGUGACACAUGCCGUAUAUUUGUGGAGAAGAAAGGAGUUGAAGCUGUCCUGCAGUUAUUUACCUUGCCUUUAAUGCCUCUUUCUGUUUCAGUUGGCCAGAGUAUUUCCGUUGCAUUUAAGAACUUCUCACCACAACAUUCUGCUUCGUUGGCUCGGGCAGUGUGUUCAUUCUUGAGAGAGCAUCUGAAAUCAACAAAUGAACUCUUAGUUUCAGUUGGAGGGACUCAACUUGCUGUGGUGGAUUCUGCAAAGCAAACUAAAGUUUUGAAACAUCUUUCCAGUCUUGAAGGUAUUCUGUCUCUGUCUAAUGUUCUGUUGAAAGGGACGACUACUGUGGUGUCUGAACUGGGUGCAGCAGAUGCUGAUGUAUUGAAAGAUCUUGGGAGUACAUACAGAGAAAUCAUUUGGCAGAUAUCUCUGUGUAACGAUGUCAAGUCAGAUGAGAAGAUCAGUGCUGAACAAGAACCAGAGAGUGCUGAGGCAGCACCGUCUAAUGCGUCUGGAAGAGAGAGUGAUGAUGAUGCUAAUAUUCCAAUGGUGAGAUAUAUGAAUCCAGUUUCUAUUAGGAAUCAGCCCUUGUGGGCCGGAGAACGUGAGUUUCUUUCAGUUGUUCGUUCUGGUGAAGGUUUGCACCGUCGUAGUCGACAUGGGUUUACACGCAUAAGGGGUGGAAGGACAGGCCGUCAUUUGGAGGCUUUAAAUGUUGAUUCUGAAUCUUCAUCAACAGUAUCGGAGACAUCUACUUCCCAGGAUUUAAAAAAGAAAAGUCCUGAUGUUCUUGUGAUGGAAAUUCUCAACAAGCUGGCUUCCACACUACGCUCCUUCUUCACGGCUCUUGUCAAGGGGUUCACAUCACCAAAUCGGCGUAGAGUUGACUCAGGGUCAUUGACUUUGGCUUCAAAGACUCUUGGAACUGCCCUAGCUAAAGUGUUUCUUGAGUCUCUUAGUUUCUCUGGGCAUUCUACAUCAGCUGGUCUUGAUACUUCACUUUCAGUCAAGUGUCGAUAUCUGGGAAAAGUUGUGGAUGAUAUGGUGUCACUUACAUUUGACAGCAGGCGGCGAACUUGUUAUACCACAACAGUGAAUAAUUUCUAUGUCCAUGGUACCUUUAAGGAGCUGCUUACGACAUUUGAAGCUACUAGUCAGUUGUUAUGGACCCUACCAUACUGUGUGCCAACAUCAGGUAUUGAUCAUGAAAAGACAGCUGAAGGAAGUAAACUGUCCCACAGUCCAUGGCUGCUUGAUACUUUACAGAGCUAUUGCCGUGUGCUCGAGUAUUUUGUUAAUUCUUCUUUACUCUUGUCGACAACCUCUGCAUCCCAGGCGCAGUUGCUUGUUCAGCCAGUUGCAGUUGGUCUGUCAAUUGGGCUUUUUCCUGUGCCAAGGGACCCCGAAGUUUUUGUUCGUAUGCUUCAAUCUCAAGUUCUUGAUGUGAUACUUCCUGUCUGGAACCACCCCAUGUUUCCAAAUUGUAGUCCAGGUUUCAUUGCUUCUAUUGUCUCACUUGUUAUGCAUGUAUAUUCUGGUGUUGGGGACGUGAAGCAGAAUCGCAGUGGCAUUUCCGGAAGUACAAACCAACGAUUCAUGCCACCACCACUUGAUGAAAGUACUAUUACUACCAUUGUUGAGAUGGGUUUUUCAAGGGCCAGAGCAGAGGAUGCGCUUAGGCGGGUGGAAACAAAUAGCGUUGAAAUGGCCAUGGAAUGGCUCUUUAGUCAUCCCGAGGAUCCUGUGCAGGAGGAUGAUGAACUGGCUCGGGCACUUGCUCUUUCACUAGGAAAUUCAUCAGACGCAUCAAAAGCUGAUAGUGUUGACAAGUCUGUGGAUGUGCUGGCAGAAGAGGGUUGUGUGAAAGCUCCCCCUGUUGACGAUAUCCUUGCGGCGUCGGUUAAGUUGUUUCAGAGUAGUGAUACCAUGGCAUUCCCAUUGACAGAUUUGCUUGUGACACUUGGCAAUCGGAACAAAGGUGAAGACCGACCAAGAGUUGUAUCUUAUCUAAUUCAGCAGCUAAAGAACUGUCCAUUAGAUUUUUCUAAGGAUACCAGUGCAUUGAGUAUGGUAUCACAUGUUAUAGCAUUGCUUCUUUCUGAGGAUGGAAGCACAAGGGAAACUGCUGCACAACAUGGUAUUGUGUCUGCUGCAAUAGAUAUCUUGAUGAACUUUAAGGCCAAAGAUGAGUCGGGCAAUGAGCUUAUUGUCCCAAAAUGUAUCAGUGCUCUACUGCUUAUCUUGGAUAAUAUGUUGCAAUCAAGGCCCAAAAUUUCUGAAAACGUUGAAGAUACUCAGACAGGGUCUCUGCCUGAAUCUGGAGAGCAUGCGUCCUUGUCAAUCCCUGCAUCAGAUACAGAGAAAAAACAGGCUACAGAUAGCCAUGAAAAAGAUUCUGCCACGGCAUUUGAGAAAAUAUUGGGGAAAUCUACUGGUUAUUUGACUAUGGAAGAAUGUCAUAACGUGCUAGCAGUUGCGUGUGACUUGAUAAAGCAGCAUGUCCCAUCUAUGAUCAUGCAGGCUGUUUUACAGUUAUGUGCUCGCUUGACGAAAACUCAUUCUCUAGCUUUACGGUUCCUUGAAAAUGGAGGCUUGGCAGCUCUUUUUGGCCUUCCAAGAAGUUGUUUUUUCCCUGGAUAUGACACUGUUGCAUCUGCUAUAGUUCGUCAUCUCCUUGAAGAUCCGCAAACACUUCAAACAGCAAUGGAAUUGGAGAUUCGCCAAGCCCUGAGUGGCAACAGGCAUGGUGGGCGUACUUCUUCAAGGACAUUUUUGACAUCAAUGGCACCUGUGAUCUCAAGAGAUCCUCUGGUUUUUAUGAAAGCUGCUGCUGCAGUUUGUCAGUUGGAGACAUCAGGAGGUAGGACCUUUGUUGUGUUACUGAAGGAAAAAGAGAAGGAAAAGGAAAAAUCUAAAGUAUCAGCUGUUGAGGCUGGAUUAUCUUCCAACGAAUGUGUACGGAUUCCUGAAAAUAAGCUACAUGAUGGAUCAGGUAAAUGCUCAAAAAAUCACAAAAAAAUCCCUGCCAAUCUCACUCAAGUGAUAGAUCAGCUUCUUGAAAUAGUCUUGAAAUACCAUUUUCCAAAGAGCCAGGAGGACUGUGUGAGUAACCUAUCUGCUAUGGAGGUUGAUGAGCCUGCUAUGAAGGUAAAGGGUAAAUCAAAGGUUGAUGAGACAAGGAAAUUGGAGUCUGAUUCUGAAAGAUCUGCAGGGUUGGCCAAGGUGACCUUUGUUCUCAAGUUACUGAGUGAUAUUCUUCUGAUGUAUGUACAUGCCGUUGGGGUUAUACUUAAACGGGAUUUGGAAAUGACUCAUUUGCGGGGAUCUAAUCAACUGGAUGGUCCUGGACUUGGUGGUAUACUUCACCAUGUAAUUCAUUGGUUGCUUCCGCUCACCAUAGAUAAAUCUGCUGGACCUGAUGAAUGGAGAGACAAGUUGUCUGAAAAAGCUUCUUGGUUUCUGGUAGUUCUGUGUGGUCGUUCCAGUGAAGGGCGCAGACGAGUAAUUAAUGAACUUGUUAAAGCUUUAUCCUCAUUUUCUAACUUGGAUUCUAGUUCCACUACGAGCAUCUUAUUGCCGGAUAAAAGGGUUUAUGCUUUUGUUGAUUUGGUGUAUUCUAUUUUGUCAAAAAACUCAUCAUCCAGCAACUUACCUGGUUCCGGGUUUUCACCAGACAUAGCGAAAAGCAUGAUAGAUGGGGGAAUGAUUCAGUGUCUGACUGGUAUCCUUCAUGUGAUUGAUUUGGACCAUCCUGAUGCUUCCAAAACUGUGAAUUUGAUACUCAAGGCUUUAGAAAGCCUAACAAGGGCUGCUAAUGCUAGUGAGCAAUAUUUUAAAUCUGAUGAGACGAACAAGAAAAAAUCCACAGGGUUAAAUGGAAGAUCUGAUGAUCAGGUAACUGCCGCAUCAGGGGAUAAUACUGUGGGGCAUAAUCAGAAUAUAAGCAGUGAGCAGGAUGCAACAGAUGCUGUACAGACCGAACAAGUGGGUCAAGGAGCUUCUCAAAGUGAAGGUAAUCCUGAUGCAAAUCCAAACCAGUUGGUGGAACAGGACAUGAGAAUAGAUGUUGAAGGACCACUAGCUUCUAAUCCACCUAUGGAGCUUGGGAUGGAUUUUAUGCGUGAAGAGAUGGAUGGUAAUGUAUUACACAACACUGAUCAAAUUGAUAUGACUUUCCGUGUUGAGAAUAGGGCAGAUGAUGAUAUGGGUGAUGAAGAUGAUGACAUGGGUGAUGAUGGUGAGGAUGAUGAGGAUGAUGAUGAGGGAGAGGAUGAGGAUGAGGAUAUAGCAGAAGAUGGUGGUGGUAUGAUGUCUCUUGCUGAUACUGAUGUGGAAGACCAUGAUGAUACUGGCUUGGGAGAUGAUUACAAUGAUGAGAUGAUAGAUGAAGACGAUGACGAUUUUCAUGAGAAUCGUGUCAUAGAGGUGAGAUGGAGGGAAGCCCUUGAUGGGCUUGAUCAUUUGCAGGUACUUGGACAGCCUGGAGCUACAAGUGGUCUCAUUGAUGUUGCUGCUGAACCUUUUGAAGGGGUUAACGUGGAUGACCUGUUUGGUCUACGAAGGCCAUUAGGUUUUGAUCGCCGCCGUCAGACGAGUAGGUCUUCCUUUGAGCGAACUGUUACAGAAGCAAAUGGCUUUCAACAUCCUCUGCUUUUAAGACCUUCUCAGUCUGGGGAUUUGGUCUCAAUGUGGUCAGCAGGUGGAAAUUCAUCCCGGGAUUUAGAAGCCCUGUCAUCAGGGAGCUUUGAUGUAGCUCAUUUCUACAUGUUUGAUGCUCCUGUUCUUCCAUAUGAUCACGUACCAAGCAAUCUUUUUGGUGACCGUUUGGGUGGUGCAGCACCCCCACCUUUGACUGAUUAUUCUGUAGGUAUGGACUCAUUGCAGUUAUCAGGACGAAGAGGACCAGGUGAUGGUCGAUGGACUGAUGAUGGCCAGCCUCAAGCAGGUCCUCAAGCAGCUGCUAUUGCACAGGCAGUGGAGGAACAGUUUAUAUCUGAAUUACGAAGUAUUGCUCCUGCUGAUAUCCCUGCUGAACGACAGUCCCAGAACUCCAGAGUGCAGGAGAAACAGCCAGAUCACCCUCCUUUAAAUGAUAGUCAAGUAGCAGCAGAGAAUGAUGACAGCAGCCAUCAACGAAAUGAAGAUCAAAAUCAAGACAGGGGUGGUGAAACAAUACAUCAAAUCAUCUCAAGUUCUGAGAGUGUUCCCUGCCAAGAACAAGUCAAUCCAGAAUCUGUUGGUUCCGAGGUACCUGAACCAAUGUCAAUUCAGCCACCUUCACUGAACAGUACACCAAAUGAUAGCAUGGACACUGGUGAUGGGAAUGGUACUGCUGGUGAGCAACUCGGGUCAGUUCCAGAGUUAGACAGUGCUGAUUUACAAUGUGAAGGGGGUUCUGAAGUUCCUUCUAAUGUACAUGAUGUUACAGUGGAGGCCGUGGGUUGUGAUGGAUCCUCAAGAACAGAGGGCCAGGUUGGUAAUGUGUCGGCAAGUUUCGGCUUCGAAGCACCUAAUCCAGGUGAUUCUCAUACUUCUUCGGUGCCAACAAAUGUUGAUGUUGAUAUGAAUUGCAUUGAUGAAGUAAAUCAAACGGGCCAUCCCAUGCCUGCUUUUGAAAAUGGUACAGAUGGGCCGUUAAGUCAAAACACAUUGGUUGCUCCAGAAGCUAAUCAGGCUGAACCAGUUAGUUUGAAUAAUGAGGCUCCUGGUGCUAAUGCAAUUGAUCCGACCUUCCUGGAGGCUCUGCCUGAAGAUUUGAGGGCUGAAGUUCUUGCUUCACAGCAAGCUCAGCCUGUUCAACCUCCAUCUUAUGCACCGCCUUCUGUGGAUGACAUUGAUCCUGAGUUUUUAGCUGCCCUUCCUCCAGAUAUCCAAGCAGAAGUUUUGGCUCAACAAAGAGCACAAAGGGUUGCACAGCAGGCUGAGGGACAACCAGUUGACAUGGACAAUGCUUCAAUAAUUGCUACUUUUCCUGCUGAUUUACGCGAAGAGGUACUUUUAACUUCUUCAGAAGCUGUUCUGUCUGCAUUGCCUUCUCCAUUACUUGCAGAAGCCCAAAUGCUAAGAGAUCGAGCAAUGAGUCAUUAUCAGGCUCGCAGUCUUUUUGGAAGCAGCCACAGGCUAAAUAAUCGGAGAAAUGGAUUGGGUUUUGACCGGCAGACAGUAAUCGACAGGGGUGUUGGAGUCACAAUUGGUCGGAGGGCAGUUUCUGCUCUUGCGGACAGCUUGAAGGUUAAGGAAAUUGAAGGAGAGCCGCUUCUGGAUGCUAAUGCUUUGAAAGCCUUAAUUAGGCUUCUACGACUAGCCCAGCCCCUUGGUAAAGGACUCUUGCAGAGGCUUUUGCUAAACUUGUGCACCCAUAGUGUUACAAGAGCAAUCUUAGUUCGUCUUUUGCUCGAUAUGAUCAGACCUGAGGCUGAAGGCUCAGUCAGUGGACUAGCAACUAUUAAUUCCCAAAGGCUUUACGGUUGCAAUUCAAAUGUUGUUUAUGGUCGAUCACAGUUGUUGGAUGGUCUUCCUCCCUUGGUGUUGCGUCGAAUUCUUGAGAUAUUGACUUAUUUGGCUACAAAUCAUUCUGCUGUGGCAAAUAUGUUGUUCUACUUUGACUUCUCAGGCGUUCCUGAACCAUUAAGUUCUAUCCAUAUGGAAACCAAGAAGGAUAAAGGCAAGGAGAAAAUGGGAGAGGGAGGAUAUUCAUCAAAAAUUUCUGGAAACACGCAGGACGUGAAUGUUCCCCUGAUAUUGUUCCUAAAACUCCUGAACCGGCCUCAUUUUUUACAUGGCACUGCUCAUCUUGAGCAGGUCAUGGGCCUGCUUCAGGUUGUUGUUUAUACCUCAGCUUCAAAAUUAGAGGGUCGUUCUCAAUCCGAAGGGGUAGAUGGGAAUUCUCAAAAUCUAGCCAUAAAUGAAGCUUCAGGAGAUGGUCAAAAGGGUCCUGCUUUGGAACAAGAAUCUGAUCAUGGGGAUAAGCCUAUUAGUGGUGAAUCAUCAACUUCAGAUGGAAAGAGGAAUACAGAUACUUAUAAUAUUUUCUUGAAGCUGCCAGAAUCUGAUCUGCACAACCUUUGCAGCCUUCUUGGUCGUGAGGGGCUUUCAGAUAAAGUUUAUAUGCUUGCUGGUGAGGUCCUGAAGAAGUUGGCUUCAGUUGCAGCUGCCCAUCGAAUUUUUUUUAUCUCAGAGCUUUCAGAACUAGCUCAUGGGUUGAGUGCAUCAGCUGUUGGUGAGCUUGUCACCCUCCGAAAUACACAGAUGUUGGGUUUGAGUGCUGGGUCUAUGGCUGGGCCAGCAAUCUUACGUGUAUUACAAGCACUUUGCUCACUUACUUCACCUAGGGCUAGUGAGAAUUCAGGACUGGAGAAUGAUGCGGAGCAGGAGGAGCGUGCCACCAUGUCGAAGCUAAAUGUGGCACUUGAGCCAUUGUGGCAAGAAUUGAGCAACUGUAUAAGUGCGACUGAAACACAUCUGGGUCAGAGCUCUUUCUGUCCAACCAUGUCUACUAUAAAUAUUGGGGACCAUGUACAGGGUUCUUCUUCUUCGUCUCCUCUCCCUCCUGGAACCCAGAGACUCCUGCCUUUUAUGGAGGCAUUUUUUGUUUUGUGUGAAAAGCUACAAGCAAAUCUCUCUUUGACGCUGCAAGAUAAUGCGAAUGUGACUGCAAGAGAAGUCAAAGAAUCUGCUGGAAACUCAGAUCCUUCAACUGCUAAGUGCCACAGUUGUGGGGAUUCUCAGAGAAAAUUUGAUGGUGCUGUCACAUUUACAAGGUUUGCUGAGAAGCAUCGCCGGCUUUUGAAUGCCUUUAUCAGACAGAAUCCGGGUUUGUUGGAGAAAUCCCUUACUAUGAUGCUGGAGGCACCAAGGCUAAUCGAUUUUGACAACAAGAGAGCAUAUUUCCGGUCAAGAAUUAGGCAACAACAUGAGCAACAUCUCUCUGGUCCACUGAGAAUAAGUGUUCGCCGGGCUUAUGUUUUGGAGGACUCUUACAAUCAGUUGCGCAUGCGGCCUAAUCAGGACAUGAAGGGACGAUUAAAUGUUCAAUUCCAAGGGGAAGAGGGUAUUGAUGCUGGCGGUCUGACACGAGAGUGGUAUCAAUUACUAUCACGGGUUAUAUUUGACAAGGGUGCAUUGCUUUUCACCACUGUAGGAAACAAUGCAACUUUCCAGCCAAACCCCAAUUCUGUCUACCAGACGGAACAUCUUUCUUACUUUAAAUUUGUGGGCCGUGUGGUUGCAAAGGCACUUUUUGAUGGGCAACUUUUGGAUGUUUAUUUCACUCGAUCCUUCUAUAAGCACAUACUUGGUGUAAAGGUGACUUACCAUGAUAUAGAGGCUGUGGAUCCUGAUUACUACAAGAAUUUGAAGUGGAUGCUGGAGAAUGAUGUGAGUGAUAUACCUGACCUGACGUUUAGCAUGGAUGCGGAUGAAGAAAAACAUAUCCUUUAUGAGAAAAACCAGGUUACUGAUUAUGAGCUCAAACCGGGAGGAAGAAAUAUUAGGGUUACAGAAGAAACUAAGCAUGAGUAUGUUGACCUUGUAGCUGAACACAUCUUGACAAAUGCUAUCCGUCCUCAAAUUAAUUCUUUCCUGGAGGGGUUCACUGAAUUGGUCCCGAGAGAGCUUAUAUCUAUUUUUAACGAUAAGGAGCUUGAGCUACUUAUCAGUGGUCUUCCAGAGAUUGAUUUGGAUGAUUUGAAGGCCAACACUGAGUAUACUGGCUACACGGUAGCAUCUAGUGUUGUUGAAUGGUUUUGGGAGGUGGUUAAAGGUUUCAACAAGGAAGACAUGGCAAGACUGCUGCAAUUUGUGACUGGAACAUCAAAGGUUCCGUUAGAGGGGUUCAGGGCUUUGCAAGGUAUCUCUGGUGCUCAGAGAUUUCAGAUUCACAAGGCAUAUGGAGCUCCUGACAGGCUGCCCUCUGCUCAUACGUGCUUUAAUCAACUAGACCUUCCUGAGUACACCUCCAAAGAACAGCUUCAUGAACGGUUGAUGCUUGCCAUUCAUGAAGCUAGUGAAGGAUUUGGCUUUGGUUAACAGAAAGAACCUCAGCUGAUAUUGUUGCCCCAGCACACCAGUCAUUGCGCUUAUAGUUACCAUGUACAUAUGAAAGAUCCGAACCAAAGCUCCCGGAAUUAUAGCAACUUUGAUGGAUUUUGUGAACUCUGAAAGCAUUAUCUAUUUUUUGGAGGCCGGAGAGCAAAGCUUUUAUCAACUAUAUACAGCAGAUGAUCAUUAUACUUUUGCUGACUCAUGUUGGCUCCUCAGUGACAAUGGCUUGAAAAUUUGAAAUUCUUUCUGUGGAUUCUUACAAUGUCCGAAAAUUGGGGAGUCGUACAGAUGAUGGGGGAUAGAAAAUCUCUUUUGGUUGUUUAUAUUAGAUUUCUUUCUAUGUUAUGAGUUUAUGGCCAAACUGCCUUUAGAUUAGUCAGUUUCACUUUCUCUGACCUGAAUGUUGGUAAUAAGCCUAGGAAUAUGUAUAUUGUAAUUCCAGACGGAUGUUUUUGGGUUUUAAUUGAAGGCGAGAAAGUGAUUCAAAUUUUGCCCUUCA